UCCCCCGCCCCCCUCCCCUGCCCAUUUUGCAUAGCCACAUCUUCUUUGCAUUUCGGCCUUUUCAGUUCUUCCCUCUAACAUUCUCAUCAUCAUCAUCUGUUCAACUAUUCCCCCUGCCCCAAACUUGUCUUCUUCCACCCAACAUCCUCUUUAGUCCUCGUCAUCUUCUUUAUUUCAACUCGUCCUCCUCCCCUUUUGAGCAGGACCGGAGGCGUAGCAUGGCAUCACAUCUCCGACGGAGCUGCACUGUCGGGUGGUGUCAUCUCCUUUGGAUCUCACUGGACGGUGUAACCCAUGCUUGAUUUGGAUGGAUCUAAGGGUGUAAGCGUUGACGGAUAUUUUUGAUGUGAGGAUUUAAGCUGUGAUGGCUUUCUGUCAGAUCUAAGGACUCUAAUUCGAGUCUGUGGUGAUGGUGGUCAGCAGCGACGGCUAUUCCGUUGGCGGAGUAUGCCCUGGAGUCGCGAUUCAUGGGGGCAUGGCCGGAUGGAACGAGCUUCAAGUUCUAGGAGAUGGGCUGAUGGCGUAGAGUAGUAGAUAGAGAGUGUUGGGUCCAGGGUAUUUUAGGAAAGCCAAUGUCAUCUCACAAAAACUUGUGAAGAAAAAUAAUGGACAGAGGGAGUAUUAAGAAAUUUAUAUUAAGAAAUAAAAAUUUUAUAAAUGCAUUUAAUUAGUAAAUGUAUUGAAAAUAUAUUACUACAUACUUAGUAAAUGUAUUGGAAAAAUUUGUGAACAUAUUAAAAAUAUAAAAUGUUAUUCAAGAUCUCAUGUAAAGUAUGUAAAUUUAGUGAACCUUUUCAUGUUUGUGACUUUCAUGUUUCUUUUAUGUGCUUAUUGAUGAGUUUGCUCUUCUAUCUUUUUCCUGAGACUAUAUUGUUUACAAAAUCACAUGCAUUUCUCUUAUUGGCUCCUUUUAUUCUUUCACUACAAGCAAUUGUUAGUUUUGUAACAAUGCAGUUUCAACUUUGUACUGUGUUUUUCACUUCCUCUUUGGGCACAAGAACACAUUACUUUGGACGGACUAUUCUUCAUGGUGGAGCUAGGUAUCAAGCNCAAGCGACUGGUAGGGGCUUUGUUGUUCGACACAUUAAGUUUUCUGAGAACUAUAGGCUCUAUGCCCGCAGUCAUUUUGCCAAGGGAAUGGAGAUUGUACUUUUGUUGGUUGUAUAUCUUGCGUAUGGCUUUAGCACAGAAUGGAGAUUGUACUUUUGUUGGUUGUAUAUCUUGCGUAUGGCUUUAGCACAUGUGCUUUAUCGUACAUUCUUCUCACGAUUAGCAGCUGGUUCUUGGCUAUUUCUUGGCUAUUUGCACCAUAUUUGUUUAAUCCAUCUGGCUUUGAGUGGCAAAAGACGGUGGAGGACUUCAGAGAUUGGACAAACUGGCUUCUGUAUAGAGGUGGGAUUGGAGUUAAAGGAGAAGAAAGUUUGGGAGGCUUGGUGGGAUGAGGAGCUGGUAUAGUAAUUUUUCUUCUAGCUUAAUGCAAUCUUGCCUAUUUCAGUUAUUUUUUCUUAUCUUCUCUACUUUCUUAACAGGCUCAUAUUCGAACAUUAGGGGGGAGGCUGAUGGGGAGACCAUUCUUAGUUUAAGGUUUUUUAUAUUUCAAUAUGGCACUGUAUACAAGCUACAUUUACAGGGAGAUAAUACAUCUCUGACGGUUUAUGGGUUUUCAUGGAUUGUAUUUGCGGUGCUUUUGAUCCUCUUCAAGGUGUUCACAUUCAGCCAGAAAAUAUCAGUUAAUUUCCAGUUGUUGCUGCGCUUUGUCCAAGGCCUUUCCUUUU